GAAAGAAACUCUUGGAAAGCUCGGAGCUAAACGCCGGGGCCAGGCAGGAGCAGGUCGAACCGUCCGCGGCUGUUCCUCUCCACUGGAUACAUUUUGCAACUGCGAAGGAAUUAAAUCCGAUUUUAAUCUUUUUUUUAUUUGUUUGUUUGUGUUCAGGAUUUUUUUUCUUCUUUUUUUCUUUUUAAGACACAGAGGGAGAGAGAGCAGAGCCUCGCUUCUCUCCCCCCCCCCCCUCCCCCCCUCUCCCUUGUUUCACUCUCACUCGAGCUUUUUAUUUUUAUUUUUGUUUCCCUUGGGGAUAGAGGAGCACUCGAGGAGAAAAAAGUAAAGGAAUAUGAUUGCUUCGUGGCUGACUUUCGCCCUGCUUUGUGGAACUUUCUGUGCAGGACCAGGCCAUGGGGAGGCUGAGACAAGGGAAUGCAUUUACUAUAACACCAACUGGGAGCUGGAGAAGACCAACCAGAGUGGUGUGGAGCGCUGCGAGGGGGAGAAGGACAAGCGGCUCCACUGCUACGCCUCCUGGAGGAACAACUCAGGCUCCAUUGAGCUGGUGAAGAAGGGCUGCUGGUUAGAUGACUUCAACUGUUAUGACAGGCAGGAGUGUGUAGCCACAGAAGAAAACCCUCAAGUGUUUUUCUGCUGCUGCGAGGGCAACUAUUGCAAUGAGAAAUUUACGCAUUUGCCUGAAGUCACCGGCCCAGAAGUCAUCUACGAGCCGCCGCCACCGACACCCCCCCUGCUCAACAUCCUGGUGUACUCGCUGCUCCCCAUCGCUGUCCUCUCCAUCGCCAUCCUCUUGGCCUUCUGGAUGUACCGGCACCGCAAGCCUCCCUACGGGCACGUGGACAUAAACGAGGACCCUGGCCCACCACCCCCUUCUCCCCUGGUUGGUCUAAAGCCUCUGCAGCUCUUGGAGAUCAAGGCAAGGGGACGCUUUGGCUGCGUGUGGAAGGCUCAGCUGAUGAAUGACUACGUAGCAGUAAAAAUCUUUCCUAUUCAGGAUAAGCAAUCUUGGCAGAGCGAGAGGGAGAUUUUCAAUACUCCUGGCAUGAAGCAUGAAAACCUUUUGCAAUUUAUCGCAGCAGAGAAAAGAGGGACAAACCUAGAGACAGAGCUCUGGCUGAUCACAGCUUUUCACGACAAGGGCUCUCUGACGGAUUAUCUGAAGGGCAAUAUUAUCAGCUGGAAUGAGCUCUGCCAUGUUGCAGAAACAAUGGCCCGUGGCUUAUCCUACCUACAUGAAGAUGUCCCUUGGUGCAAAGGUGAAGGACACAAACCUGCUAUAGCACACAGGGACUUCAAGAGUAAAAAUGUCUUGCUGAAGAACGACUUGACAGCAGUGCUGGCCGAUUUUGGACUAGCUGUACGAUUUGAGCCUGGAAAACCUCCAGGGGACACUCAUGGACAGGUGGGAACAAGGAGGUAUAUGGCUCCCGAAGUGUUAGAGGGAGCAAUCAACUUCCAGCGAGAUGCCUUCCUGAGAAUAGACAUGUAUGCAAUGGGACUGGUGUUGUGGGAGCUAGUCUCCAGAUGUAGAGCAGUUGAUGGUCCAGUGGAUGAGUACAUGCUGCCUUUCGAAGAAGAAAUAGGUCAGCACCCAUCCCUUGAGGACCUGCAAGAAGUGGUGGUUCACAAGAAGAUGCGUCCUGUGUUCAAAGAUCACUGGCUGAAACACCCCGGCUUGGCGCAGCUCUGCGUGACCAUCGAAGAGUGCUGGGACCACGACGCGGAGGCUCGGCUCUCGGCGGGCUGUGUCGAGGAGCGCAUCGCGCAGAUCCGCAGAUCCGUCAACGGCACUACCUCGGACUGCCUCGUCUCCAUCGUCACCUCCGUCACCAACGUGGACUUGCCGCCCAAAGAGUCUAGUAUCUAAGUCCUGGUUCGCUUUUUGUCUUUCCAGACUCAGUGGAUUUAAACAACAACGAAAAAAAAAAAGAGAAAAAAAAAAGAAAAAGAAAGAAGGAAAAAAGUUUAAAAAAAAAAACCCACCACACAAAAAAAAACCAAACCCAAACAAACAAGAAACACAAAAAUCCAACAAACACAUGAAUGCAGCUGCUAUUUUAUCUUGACUUUUUAUUAUUAUUGUUGUUAUUAUUAUUAUUAUUAUUUUGGAUUGGAUCAAUUUUACCAGCACAUUGCUCUACUGUAUUAAAAAAAAAAAAAAAGACAUUUCAGCAAGCAUUCAGGUGCCGACUAAUGAAUGCAGAAAAGGUGCAGGUACCUCAGAACCUCAACAAACUCACUUCAGUUGUUUUUACUUCAUUCAGUUUUCUGGGUUUCUCUUUAUCCAUCUGUCUUCUGAGUGGAGCAUCUGUGACAUAAAGGAAAACCAACAACCAUCUUAGAAAACGCAAUGCUGCAAACUGUGGAGGAAACUUAAGACUGUUAUCUAAAGAACACACCUUCCUCAAAAGGAUUAUUUUUUUUUUUCCCCGUUUUGUUUUGGUUUUGGUUUCAGUUUCUUUUUUAUUUUUUGGAAGUGAGCUUCAAGAAAAACAAACAGCAGAUGUGUCUUUUACGGAUCUAACGGGUGUCAUUGUAACAUGGAGAAAAAAAGUGACUGGGCGGAGAAUGUUAAUUCUUGAUGGUAGAAUUGAAGGGGGGAGCGUAGAAUAGGGGUGGGGAGAGUGACGUUGGACUUGGCAGCAUUUGGGGAAACAUCAUUUGCUAUGGAGCUACUUCUCAGGUAACCAUUAGAGGAGGGGAAGGACAUUUCUGGGCAGAGUAUUAAUAGCUGCAGCGUAUGGAGAAAGCGGAGUCAAAGAGCCAGGGGUUGUAGAGCAGGAUGCUUGUUCUUUCUUCCUCCAGUAUCCUGGGCUUGGGUGGUAAAGGAACAAACCAGAACUGAAAUUACCUUUUAUUUUCGACUCCGGGUGGUAGUGGGCAGGAAUGCUUUCAAGCAGUGUAAUCAGAAGAUGGGAAAGUCUGUGCUCAGAGGCAAUUUGGUUAAAUACUAGAAGAUGAGAAAAUUUUUGCAUCUCACUUUUGGUGCGAGUCAGUUCAGUAAGUUUGGCCUUGGGGUUGAUUAUCUGUCAGCCCAAGCUACCAGUGCAGGUGGUAGAAAGAGAAAAACUGUGAAAACUAGCUCUCUAAUUUUAUUUUUUCCUUAUUCAUUUGGAGUUGGGAGGGGGUGGAAGUACCUGAACCAGUGGCAGAUGGCUCCUGUAGCAUCUGAGAAGCCUAUGAACUGCCCGAGUGCAGGCUGCAGAGGCAAUGAGCAGCAGCAGGGAAUAUCCCAGCAUCUCUCCCACAGGUUUCUUUGACACAGCUUUCUCCUUACUCUGUGACAAAACUUUUGUCUUCAAGUGGUGCAUAUUCUAAAAUACCAUUACUCUUAUGAACGCCAUAAACUCGCUCUAGUCAGUGAAUGUUCCUAAUGCUGCUGAUUCAACAUUGAAAUAUUUUUUUAAUUUGCAAAACAUGCAAUGUUUAAAAAAAAAAAACACAAAAAAAACCUAAAAAAAAGAAAAGAAAUAUACCACAAAACACACACACACAUAUACAAAUGUUACGUGGCUUCCGAGGUUUAAACUGAAAAAAAUGAAAAACUUCAUGACCACAGACCACCUCAAACCAGAAAUACCUCAGAAUUUUCUACUUGUAUGAGUUUUAUUAUAUAUUUUGUUAGUUGUGUUGUCUUGUAGUAAGUAUAUUUUAAUGUAAGUUGGCUUUUAUGACAAGGGAGUUUUAAAAAAAGAAAAAAAAGAAAAAAAGUUCCAAAAUCUUUUAGGAAGUGCUACCAUUUUUUUUGUUUGUUUUAUAAAGCACCAUUGUAAAUAACUAUAUACAGUUGUAGAAUAACUGCCUAUAUAAGGUACCUGGGCAUUAUUCACUCUUAUUUGUGAAGGCUGUUUCCAUUCUGUUAUUUUUUUGGUCUGUUUUAGUGAAAGGACAGUACAUCUUUUUUUUUUUUUUUUUUUCCUUUUUGUUCUGUUUUCUUUUUAUUUUUUUUUUAUUUUGAAUAUACCAUGAAUUCUGUGUCUUGCUAGGCUGACAAAGUUAUGUCCAUUGGAUGGCCAGAACUUCUAAAUAUUUCUUUGUGUUAAGCCAAAAUCCAGUCCUGAACUAAUCACCCUUAAACAGUGUAAAAAGUCUGUAUUAUAGAAAUGAAUUGGACUUCUUGACACUGCCAAAUUGUCAGCGUGCACCCUUGCACAGAUAUAAUUUAUUAAGCAGACAAAAAUCACUAAUUGGAAAAAAAAUAUAAAGAAAAUUAAAAUAUAUUUCUUGAAAAAUAUAGCUUUAAAACCUACAGGUCACAAAUGAGGACACGCUCCUGUAUCUUGAAGAGACAUUAAGAUUAUUGCCUUAAUUUGUCUAUCUGAAUAAAGUCUUAACCUAUUCUUUCAAGUUACUGAAUGUAUAGUGCAUAUUAGUUUGUACACGUGUAACUGUAUUUCCGUGUGUAGGUUUGGAAGUUUCUGUUUUUGAUGUGCUUCUGUUGAGAACACCUUGACAAAACCAGACAGAAUGAUACCAUUUUGUCCAGCUGAUGUCCCCAGUGGUGGUUGGCAUCUUUGGGCCUGAUGCUGCAACUCACCUAUGCUUAGCAUUAAGUGUGUAGGUAGCUCUUGUGGUGUCAUGACUUAAGGCACUCGCUUAAUGUUAAGCAUAGUCAUCAAGGUGUGCGGGAUCAGUAUUUGUUCAUGUUUAAUACAUUUCUGCACUGAGAUUUAUAUAAAAAUGUGACUAUGUUUUAGAAGUGAAGUGAUGUGAGGGUUGGGGUGGAGCGUAGAGCAGUUAAGUCUGAGUGAAUACUUGUUUCGAGGUGGGCUUGCUCCCAUUUCCCUGGGAAUGGGAGCCAGCUCAUAGUCCUGCAGAAAGAAAAAAGCUGUACUGUCUUUUACCUGUUAAUAUCUGUUUGCUGUUCUGGAUUUUUUCCUUCAGCAUGAUGUAUUAUGGCUAAAACAGGCUUAUUACAGCAGUUGCUUUUUUAUCCUGAUUUCUUUAAGAAGCUUUAAAGUAUUUAUUGAAAGUGCCAUAUGAUUUUAAUAGCCUAUUAGACAGUCUCUGAAAUCUUCUCUUUUGAGGAAGCAUAAAUGGAAAUUCUCACAUGUAGCUUAUCUUUCUGUGGGGAACUGCACGACCAAACAAACCUUGACCAAAUGUCAAUUGUGAAGUAUUACAUCUUCCCUCGUGUAAUGGUUCCUUAUAGAUCAUCUUGUCAACAGGAUUCAGAAACUGAUUUUAAAAAGCAUUUCCAAAAUUGUGUGUGUGCUCAGUUACAAAUUUUAAAUGUGUGUAGGUAUGUGUGUCUUGCUGUCGCAGCAGAGAAAGAAAUCCUGAACGUUUGCAUAUUUACAAGCUUGUGCCAGUUUAGCUAAAGGUGUUCAUUUAAACUGGUCUUCAUUUAUUUUAUUAAUGAAGACAAGCUCUGAUUAGCUUAUUGGUCUUUCAACACUUGAGCUGUCAAGCAAAUAGUUUCCUCACUGCUAAUCUAGCAUUUGAACUCUCAUUGACAACAUGAUUUUGGUUCUGCUCAGUACUGCAGAGGCUUUUCCAAGUUGGCAAUCAGGCACAUCCAUAGGUGUAGCUGUAAUAAGCAAUUGCAGCUCUUCUUAACACUCCCUUGAAUAUGAUGGGUACGACACCUCUUAAGCACUAAAUUUCACUUCCCAUUCAGACUUGGAGGAAGUAGAACUUCAAAAUCUUUGCUGCAGAAUUGUCGUUCACCUUCCUCUUAUGGUGGCUCUUCUGUGAAUCUUAACCUUGAAUAUCCUGGUUUAAAAGUCUCCUUGACUUUAGGAGCUGGGAUUCCUGUCUCUCCAGUGUAACUCCUUUUAUGAAUUAAUUGCACUGGCUGGGUUGGUUUCCUAGGUGGAGGAAGUUUGAGUUUACAUUUUGAAACUGGAAAUAACCACAGGAACUAAAAUGGCUUUGUUUUUUCUGUUGGUUGAUUGGUUUUUUUGAGUUGAAAGAGCUGUGACUUGUUAAUGAAAUUUCAGUAGCACAGCAAGGCUGGAAACGGCACGUGGUUCAUGUUGAAAUGUGUGUGCAUGUUAUAGAUGGCUAUAAACCAGUCUAACUAUUUAACUGCUACAUCCAACUACAGGCUAAACUAGUCUAACUACUAAGUAGUACCAGGCUUAUUAUGGGUAAGGAUUUCAGCUAGUCCUGAUCAUAAAGUUUUCUCCAUUUAAGACAAAACCACUUUUUAUUCUGCCUCAUUCUUCAGCUGAAUUUCUCUUUCAGAAUAUGCUGUGCUAGGUAAGGUUACCGCUAUGGAAGUGCCAACACACUUGUCUAUGUUUGUUUCAAAGAGAAGGUCGGUGAGUGUCCCCUAGAAACUCCACUGCAUUUUCCUUGGAUUCUCCUGACUUGUUGCUUUUUCCACUUGAAGUUGCUGGUUUUUGGUAGAAGCAGCAGAAGCCUUGGGUCUACUCAGUGUGACGUUGCUGGGGUGUAUUUCCAGGUCAGGCCUUGCUAUUAGGAAUCCUGAUCCCCCUUAAUACCACAGUACAGAAACCGGAGAAGACACGUUUCAUUCCUCUUGUGCUGCUCGCUAGGCAGACUGUUGCCCCGUUUCACAGGGGAAAAGAUCUGGUUUCGCUUAGUAUGGGAGAAACUCAUGUUGCAGAGGAAGGUGCUGGUUGCUACUGUUGGGAUAGUGCUGUUGCUGCAAUCCUCUUCAAGCCACACUGCGAGAGAAGUUGCUAAGCAGGAAGUGUCCCGCCAACUAUUAUCACUUUUACAUACAGAGUAUUGUUUGGUAACAUUGUAUAUAAAAUAGACUAUAUAAUAGAGGAAAAUAAGGACAUUUUGACUUUUUUACUUUUGGGGAAAAAUAUAUAUAUAUAUAUUUUAGUUACAUAUACAAACAAAAAUUCUACAUUGUGUGAAAAUUCUUUUAUACCACAAAUUAUUUUUGUAAUGUCUACUAUGUUUCUGCAGGGAAAAGGGAGAAAUGUCUGUGUACGCACAGCAAAUAAAUAAAUAUAUAUUAAAAAUAUUUAAAUUAUGUGUGCACUACAUCAACGUCUAGAGGAUAGAACAAGUUUAGUCUGAAACCAGUUUGAGGAGCAAGUUUGGAUGUACUUAGACGUGCUUUGAGGAUGGCACCGAGUAUAAGGUUAGGUUAUCUUGAAUGUCACAUCCCUUCUGCUAAAGAUGCUUAUUGCUUUUCUGUGACCAUCUUCAGUUUAACCAGGAAGAGUUUUUUCAUUAUUCAUGCGAGUAUCCAUGUGUGAGCAGUGUGUCCUUUGGCAUAUGCCAUGAUGCUGCAGUGAGUUGUGAAGUCAGGGUGUUAAGAAUUUUCUUCAGACCAAAUAGCCAGGCUGAUCUUGCUCGCUGCCGUAUCCGUUUAUAGCAGCUGUGUCUGCUGCAUUGACAAUAUGAUCUGUAAGGAGCUGUUGCCAGUAGAGUCCUGAUAAAACCAAUUCCUAGAAGUUCCUUCUCUCUGAGGUGACACAACUAAUCAGGCUUCACCAGAACAUGCAGAUAUGUGCUCUGUGUUCCCAAGGUCAGCUUUCACGGUCUUGGUCAAAGGCACUAAAGGGAAGAAGCACUGUCUUGUCCAAAGUCCUACUUUAAAAGAGAGCAUUCCAAAUGUGUGCAACCGAUCCAAGAUAUUUCCAAAAGUAUUAAAGAAAGCAAAUUAAAAUUAUUCUUUUCACUUAAGCUAACUUUUCCCUUUGGACCAGAAAUUCACACUGAUCUUUUUGAUUCCCUAAACCUUGACAGCACAGUGUCAGCAGGGUAAGAGUUAUUGAAAAAAGCUUUAAACCAAACAAUACAUAGUGCUGUCUUGAAGCCAGUUGGACAGUGAAAUCAGUGCUUAAAUGACUCCGAGCAGGCUCCUGCAGUUGCUGAGUCCCAUCUGUGUUCUUGGUGAAUUCCUGGCCCCAUGGAAGCCAUGGGGAGACUCGCCAUCCAAUUUCAGCAGGACCAUGAGCGCGCAUGCGUUCCUUCCUGGAGCACUUUCUAAACACACCUGGUCCCUUACGUGAGACUUCUUUUUAAAAACUCUAUAUUGAGGGUGACGCUCGGUUCCCUGAUUGAAGUAAUAACCUCUUGAGUAAGCAGUAAUCCUUUUUGUUGGGACACUUCCACAGAAAGAGAUCACACUUGUGUUAUGUCUAUCCAGCUGUUCUGAAAUGUAAUGCUAUUCUGUUGUGCCUUUAUUUUUCCAUGUAAAAGCAACUGCUGUAAGCUUUCUUUUAUUUUCUUUUUACUAGUUUUUUCUGUCUGAAAAAACAGUUUUCAUUGUCCAGCUGUUAUUUCUGGAUGCAGUCUGUGAUCCAGGUAUUUCAAGAACCAAUUACCUCAAACCUCAUGUUAAACAGUGUUGCUAUCUGGAUUCUCCUUGAUACUACAAUAUUAAAACAUACACAAACAGGAACCUUGCUAUGUAUGGGUGUUUAUAUAUAUGUAUCAUAUACCUAUAUAUGAUACAUAUAUAUAUAAAUGAAAGUGAUCCCCAAGGACUGAAGGAAAAAAAAACUUUUGUUUUCCAGCGUUGAAACCAGAAGCUCUCUAAUGGCAUUGUGCUGGAUAUAGAUCAAGAAAGUGUUUUCUGAAAAGUGCUUCCUUUGUUAGCCUUUUAUUUCAGUAUUUAAAUGGGCAGAUGAUGUGAUCAAAACACUACUUCUGCUUUUUUUUGGCCUAUUUUGAAGCAGAGGCCUCUUAAUCUUUCCAGUUGUUAAAAAAACCCACAAUGCCUCAGUGUGUAACAUUUCUGUAAGGCUAGUAUUGCAAAAUUUUAGCAUGUUCUGGGAAAACUCCAUAGCUUUUGGUUUUUUUGUGAAAAGAAAGGUAUUCUCCACACUAUAUUCAACUGUUUGACUGAUGUGAGGAACUGAAGUUUAACCAGUAACCAUCCUAGACAAUUAAAAUAUUAAUUCUUUAGUCAUUAGGGUCUCUGCAUUACCACCCUGUAAAAAACAAAACACACACAACAAAGAAAAAAAACCACAACAACCCAAACCAAAAUUCAACCAUGGCAGAGGAGGAGGAGGUUGGAGCAUUUCAUAGCUCCUGAAGGUGGACUUGGCACCAGAGCAAUGUGUUGGGAAGACCUAGAUCCUCUCUGGCCCUUUUUCCAACAGCCUUCUCCCAAGAAUCUUGUAAUAAAAGCAGACCUUUAACCACAGUGACUUCUUAGUGGUACUUUGCUGAAGAGAAUUCUGUUCAGGAUGUAUUUCCUGGGGAGAAAAAAAAACCCAAAACAACAAAAAAUUAGACAAUUAAUGUUUUACUGUACAUGUUCCCCUCUCAAAUACCUGUUUUUUAAAAAUAUAUCCAUGUAGCUGUAUCCAUUACAGUCUGUAUUUUACUUGGACAAAAUAGUAGAUUUCCAAUCCAAACAGUAAUGAAUUUGCUAUUCCUGGUAAUUAAUUAAAUUAAUUAAUUACUGGCAAUUGAUUGCUAAUAACUUACUAGUAACAGACGAAAAUGGAAAGUUUCUCUUUCCCCUCAACUGUCUAAUAUUUCUGUGGCUAUUGAUGGUUUAUGGUUAUCUUUGGUAAAACAUGUAUAAAAGGACUAAAAUCUCCCAGAAGGAGGCAUUUUGCAAUGCUGCUGGCCUUCCAAUGGAAUAAUUAUGAUGCAAAAGUCAUAGGAAAAACUAUGAUGCUGGAGGAUGAGAAUUGAAGGAGGUGGUUACUGCAAACUAAGUAACAUUCUUGGCUUCAGUUCUAUGCCGUAAAUCCGCACAAUGCCAUUGUCAAUCUGCUCCAACUAUCUUGCUUAUGAAUUCUGCAUGAUCCUCAUGGUAGAGUUGAAAGGCUGAUCUUUCACCUGUUAAUAUUUUCACAUUCGUCCUUAAGUUUGACAAAUUUUAUACUGUAAAGUUGACUUAAGUACAGUUUGAUGUCAAUUCUUGUGGAAAGAGCUUUCUGCAUGUAACCUUGGACCCAUACAGUUAAACAACACAGCAUAGUACAAAACUCACAAGAAAAUAUUUUGGCACCAGCAGAAAGAAAUCUCACCCUACCCAUUUGUCAUUUCAAACCAUCUUAUUGUAAGUUUUACCAGCUACUUCUAAAUUUGUGCUUUAUUUAAAGAAAUAAAAUAAAAAUCCUAAGACUUGUCUAGCGUAGUGAAAUAUGUGUAUAUCAGUUUUAGGAUAAAUAGCUAAGUCUUAUUACGCUGUGUUACUUAACUUGUAUAUAUAGAGUAUACAUAAGAGUUUGCAGUAACCUGUUUCUCCAGGAUUUCCAGUUUGAAUGGAUUUAAACUCAAACUAUGAGAUUAAGUAAAUGAUGUAGAAGAUUGCAGAAUGAACCAAGUGUAAAUUACAGGAAGCUCUAUCAGAUGGCGAAAUAAUUUUUAAAGAGUCUUUUGGUCCUUGGCUCAAAUUCAAUAAGUACUGUUUGUAUACCAAGAUAUGUGAAAUGUAAAUGUUGUAGGUUAUAUUUCACUCUUGUAGCUAUAAAAAAAAUAUAGAACAGAGAUAGCUUGUACUACUGAGUUAACAAAAGUUAUACUAAAGUAUCCGGUUAAAGAAAAAAAGUAUACAGAGAGUUAAGCUCGUUGCUGUAACCCCUUCUGGAUUGAAGUGUGCUGAUUUUUUAUAUAUGUAUAUUAUAUAUAUAUAUUCUGCAAAAGUGUAUAUAUAUAUAAAAUGUAUAUAUAUAAAAUGGCCUAAAGCAGACAUCCGUUGUAUUGCAGUUAUGAAAUGAAGACAUUUUUGCAAGAACAUUGUAUCAUAGUUCAUGAAUUUGCAGUGGAUCUUUGUUCCUUUUUACUGUGGUAUUUUAGAAAUGAGUCUCAAGUUUGAAAUUAGAUCUGCUAAGUUGGAGUUUUGCUGCUUCAGCUUUGCACUGGGUGUCCGAAUAAACCAGUAUGAAUGUAGUAUUUGCCCUGUGUGAAGCAGCCACACCCCAACAGAUAGGAGGAAAAAACCUAGAAAGAACUAUUUCAAGUUUAUCUUUUUGUAUAUGAAAAUAAACAGUAAAUUACAAGUAA